AAUUUUGGGGGGGCUGGGCUUGUUUGCUUUUCCUUGCAAGGUGGAGCUGAGAAGUCUUGACAAAGAAAUGGACUCCAGCAGCGAGUCUUGCGGGGGAAAGGGCCAGUUUCUCUGUCUCCAGAACCUCUUUGCAGACGACGGGGAGUCCGAGAGCUCCGGGGAUGACUCUGCUAGUGACAGAGAGUGGAAAGAGGCCGUGAGAGCCGCUGUGGAGACAGAGAUAGAAUACCAAGUCCAGCUGAGGCUAGCAUUAGAGGGGAAAGGUGCAGCUAGGGAAGGAAUGAAGCGACACGGAGAGGAGAUAGAAGAGUCUGCAGAGAUGCAUGUUAUGAGAGGAAAGCGUCAGCAGCCUCAGAAAGACGAUCAUUUAAGAUCAAUAACACCUGAAGCAGGUGAGGAAAAGGAUCCCACUUCUAGCUUAGAAAACGAUAAAGAAAUACCAGAAGCUACAAGUAUCAAGGUGCCAAAUAACAAGCAUUCCACAGUAGAAGCUGAGGAGAGAGUAAAGGAGAAGGAGGAUGCCUCAAAAGUCUCACAGCAGAGACACCAAUCGAUAUAUGAAUACGUUACAAGCAAAUAUGGUGCACCUACUGACCAGUUGCAACAUUUACUGAAAGCAGGGACAUACCACUGCCUAUCUGAAGAAGAGAGGGUCAGAAUUGGCAUAGAUAAGAGGGUAAAAUGGCCGGUUGAAUGUAACAUUGCUCUCCCAACUCAGACUCAUCAAAGAAUUGAGAAACAAUCGAAAGUACCUUUGGAGUUCUUUGAACCUCUCUUAGGAAACCAGAGACCACUUCGUAACUAUACUGGGCCACGCCCUGUUGUGUAUGAUGGUCAGAAUGGAGGCCCUAUUGAAAGAAGGAAGGAAGUAGAAGAAGAAGGCAAAGUAGAGAAAGAGAAAAGAGGAGGAGGAGAGAGAGGGAGAGUGGGACUGACUUUUGAGUCAAGAUUUGAAAGUGGGAAUUUACGUCAAGCCAUGCAAGUUGAUGAAUAUGAAUAUGACCUGGUCCUUAAUACUGACUUGUACACAGAGAAGCACACACAAUGGUUUUAUUUCAAAGUAUCUGGUAUGACUCCAAAUGUAACUUAUACCUUUAACAUUAUUAAUUUCUUCAAAAAGGACAGCCUUUAUAAUCACGGCAUGAAGAUACUGAUGUAUUCUGAGAUUGAUUCCAGUUGGCAAAGGGUUGGCUACGACAUAUCCUACAGGAGAUUACAAUCUCAUUCCUCUCCUUUACUCAAGCAAGGAAACACCUACCACUACCUUUCCUGGAAAAUGGAAUUUGUUCACGAUGGUGAUACAGUUUAUUUUAGUCACUGCUAUCCAUACACUUUCUCAUCUCUUCUGUCAUUUCUUGAUCAACUGGAGGAAGACACAAAAUCCAAGAAGAUUUUAAAAAGACAAACCCUGUGUGAAACUCUUGCUGGGAACCCUUGCCCUCUCUUAACGAUCACAGAUUUUGAGAAUCAGGAGGAGUGCUGGGCUCAGAGAAUGGGUGUGGUUUUCAUGGCUCGGGUCCAUCCAGGAGAGACCAAUAGUUCGUGGAUGAUGCAUGGAAUACUGAAAUAUCUCACUUCAGAUAAUAAACAUGCUAAAUAUUUGCGGAGUCAUUUCGUUUUUAAGAUUAUUCCAAUACUGAAUCCUGAUGGAGUUAUUGUUGGCAAUUACAGAACAUCACUAACUGGUGUUGAUCUCAAUAGAAUCUAUAAGAAUCCUGUAGAAAAACUUUUUCCAACUGUUUACCAUGCAAAGAAAUUGGUCCAGUCUUUCAUGGAGGAAAGAAAAAUUGCACUUUAUGUUGAUUUGCAUGGUCACAGUCGAAAUCAGAACAUAUUUAUGUAUGGUUGCCACACCCCUCAAUGUGACCACACCCAUUUUUUACAGGAGAGAGUCGUCCCAUGGCUUUUAUCACAAAUAUCAAAAGAAAAAUUUUCAUUCAAAUCUUGUAAGUUUGCAGUUCAGCGAUGCAAGGAGUCGACUGGGCGUGUUAGCUUGUGGAGAAUGGGUGUGGCUAACAGCUUUACAAUGGAAGCCUCGUUUUGUGGAACUAACCUGACAAGACCUACUCCUCUUCAUUUUAAUCAACAAGACCUCAUUGACAGUGGAAGAGAACUGUGUGAGAUGCUAUUAAAAAUGCAGCAUUAUCUUAAAAGUGCAAGCUAUCAAUAUAAAGUCCACUGUCGCAUAGCUGAGUAUUAUCUGCAGCAACUUGAUCCAGAGGAAAAGACAGCUGAUAGUUCUAAGGAUCAUGCUCUUCCUGACCUGGUGACAAUUGCAGAGGAGGCCAGCGUUGAGAGAAAGAGAAGAGUGCGACAACAAAUGUCUAAAUGUUUGAGACUGUUUCACGGAACUUCAAUGAAAGAAUUAGAAAGAGAGUCUAGUACAAGUGGAUCUGACAGUGAAGAUGACGAUUUUAAGUAUAAAACUAAGCAUAAGACUCGUCAAGUUCGCAAAAAACACAAGAGACAUCAAGAGCCUCCUCCUCCUCCUCCUCCUCCCCCUCCUGUACUUAGCAACCAUCAUCAUACAAACAGCUCACAGUUGACUUCCCCUUCUGAACCCAAACCCAAGCCUGUCAAACAGCAAAAUAAAGACAAUGCUGUACAAGACAAAGAGAAAAGUGAUAAAACUGGAGAUGAAAAGGAAAAGGAGACCAGCAAACAGAUCAACAGUGCACCACCAAGACUGCAAAGAGCUUCACAUCCACUCCACAGUUGGAGGUUCAUUAAUAAAUAUGCUAAUCGGUCCAAUGGAGGAAUACCAAUGUUCUCAGAAGAGAGACAAAAAGAGAGACAAGAGAAGGCAAGAUUGAAAUCGCAAAGUCUGACUACACAAAGCAGUAAUAGUGAAGCAAACAAACUUCAAUCAGUAUUUCACUUGACAGCUAAUGAGUUGUGCAGUCCAGCUGCAGUAACUGCAUCAAAAGGUUCCUCUAGAGCUACGCCAUCACUACCACCUAUCCCUUUCACCUCAAAGAGCCACUCUCACUUUAGCUCUGCAACCUGGAGUCCUGGGACUCACUUUCCAAUGAUACCAAUAGAGACUGGACUGAGUCGCAAAGGACAAAAUCAGUAUCAUAACAGUAACACAGAGAGAGAAGGAGACUCGCAUUAUGAAGUUAUCAAGAAAUUAAUCGAGUCUCGUCGACAAAUAUCCCGCCCACUCAAAAUCCAAAUGCCACCACAUUCAGUGCAGCCUACAGGCAGUGUCAGACCUAAUAAAAGACAGCCACAUAUUAAUGGAAGUGUUCAUAAAGUUCCUCCUCCUCCUCUUCCACCGUCCCUUCCUCCUAGUUUGCCUGGGCUACCACCUGAAUUGACUCAGUAUAUUAGUGAAGUUUGGCGGAAACAUGCAGUCAGUCACUUCUAGAGAAACUAGCUUACUAUCCAGAAACAAUUUAUAUCACUUAUUGUAUAUUAUAUAAAUGCACCUGUAUUAUAUUCUAUAGAGAACAAUUUUACAUACUUUA